AUGUUAAACUAAAUAUGUGCCAUAAGACAUAAAUUAUAAACGUAGUAAAAAUAUUCAAAAAUGAGUUUGCGUACUUUCUUUAAAGGAAGAUUUCUGAUCUCAAUUAUAAUCUUUACAUUCUUUGUCUGGAUUGCUUAUUUAUAUCUAAAUAAGCUACAAGUAAAUUAUAACAGUUCAGAAUCGGAAAACCAUUGUAUGUCUGAACUGACAUCAAUCAAAUAUCAACUAAAUGUUGUUACAGAAUACAAAAACCGUAUCGAUAGGUUAUUAACAGAAACACAAAAAGCGAGGGAAGCAGAUAAGGAGAGAUACAAAGAUAUAUUAGAAAGUUGUGGAGCAAUGAAACAACACAUAUCAAUAUGUCAGAGCCAGUUUGAGGAUCUACAAAGUGAAUGUAAAAGAGUUAAGGAGGAUCAUGACAAGUUGAAGAAAGAGACAGAAAAUAUUAAAACAUCUUGAUCUCUUUUAAUUAACAUGAUUCACUUUUUAUAUUAACAACGGUCAUAAAGUGGAUAUGACAAUGUUUUAAUUCAAUUCUUACAAGUUCAAUACUACACAAGUUAAUAAAAUGUUAAGAGCAUUUGUAUACUGCUCAACAUGCCUACAUAUAUCUAUCCCUUUCAUGCUAUUUCAUAAAAUAGAGACGCAAUAUGUAUCCAUAUUAGUGGAUUAUCAUACUUCAUACUAAUAUUAUAAAUGUGAAAGUUUAGAUGGAUGGAUGUUUGUUAGAGUUUGUAACCUAAACU